GCACGUGGUGCUUGGGUGCGUCCACGAUGCAGCUUCGCGGCGUGAGGUGCAGCGUGCAUGUCGGAGAUACGCGUCACAAGAACAGCAAAAGGCAGAAACAAAAUUCAAAUACACGAUGAAUGCAAGGGACAUGGGCCACGUUGAGAUGUGACGUGCGUGAAUGGCGACGUCGAUGUUGAUGUCGCGGCGCACACCUCCCGCAUGACUAAGCAAACCGCGGACCUCGAAAGUUUCCCCAUCCAUCACCGCACGCCCACGACCAGCCCUCACGACCAAUGUCAGCCGCGAUAUCCUGCACGAGGGCUGCGGCCCCGCGCCUCGCCAUCCGCACCCUCCGAUGCCCGCGCUACGCCAGCACGCAGGCCGUCGCCGCCGCCCCGGAGAAGCGUGAAGCAAUCGUCGCGGCGCCCGUCGCCAAACCCUCGACCGCAACGCCGCCGGGCCAGGGCCACAAGAACACGCGCGCCCCGACGCUCGCCGAGCGCAUGCACAAGGCGCUGUACCCGGAGUUGUACGUCAAUGGCCGGCCGAUCGAGGGCGUGCAGCAGCCCAAGGAGCGCAAGGCGACCGCCGACAAGAAGCCCAGGAACAAAACCCACGGCCUCAACAUCGUCGCCCCCGCCCCAGCAAUCAAGAAAAUAUGCCCCCUCCCCAUCGCAGCCGUAACCCAAGCCUCGCUCGCCGCGCUCGACCCCACCGGCGCCCGCACGCGGCUCUUCGACCGCACGAACCCCGAGGCCGCGAAGCUGGGCGACAUCCUGCUGGUGCGGCAGCGCAGCGGCGACCCGUUCGCAGGCGUGUGCAUCAACAUCCGGCGACGGGGCGUGGACACAGCGAUCCUGCUGCGCGGGCAGCUGACGCGGGUCGGCGUCGAGAUGUGGUACAAGGUGUACUCGCCGCUGGUGGAGGGGAUCGAGGUGGUGCAGCGGGCGGCGAAGCGGGCGCGGCGCGCGCGGUUGACGUAUAUGCGGCUGGUCAAGCAUGAUAGGGGGAGUGUGGAGAAUGUGGUCAGGGUGUAUCUCCGCCAGAAGGCGAGUCUGGGCGCGGGCGAGAAGAAGAAGGGUGUUGAGAAGCAGAAGGCGAUGCAGGGCGGGAAGAAGAAGGGCGCGAAGAAGGUCAACAGGCGGUAGAGACGGCAGUGACGGCAGCGAUACACUGGGUGUGGUUGUACCAUAUGUACGAAUGCAUGUUGGAAUACUGUGGCAAGAUGGACGCCUACAUUUCGCAAAGUUUGUUUGAAUAUCUCGCACCAAACGCCAUUCCCAUGCACACUCCCCUAGUCCUCCCCUCCCAUCACUCCCCGCUCCCCCCUCCAUCCCCCGCCUACUGCGCCUUCCGCCGCGGCACCUCCCCGCCAACCUCCAACCGAUACCCCUCAGCGCCCUUCUCCGUCUUAAGCUCCUUAGCAUCGACCUUCUUCCCUAUCUCCGGGAACCCAAAGCUCUCGCUCCUGCCGCCCUCCAGCCCCUUCCACACCCCCGCCGUCUGCCACGUCGUCCACGUCAGCGCGCCAACCC